AUGUCGCUGUCACGUCGCUGUGUUCUGUCUGUGUAUGUUGUGCUCGGGCUGUUGAUCAUGACGUUGCAGCUUCGGUGGAUGACCUUGACCUUUCUUCACAAACAACAACUGAAACACAGUUUGAACGAGUUUGAGUUUCCACAACGCGCACUUCCUUUACCACACAGUAUGAUAACAAGCUGUCAAAAGCUCAUACAGGGUGAUGAAGAUGAGAUUAACAGGACUAGCAUCCUCAGUACCUCGGACCUUCACCUUCAGAAGGACCUAAACGUUCAUAUUGGUGAGUUGAGGUCAUGCAGCAAGUAUCUGCGGUCUAGGCGAUUCAUUAACCACGCAGUGAGAUCGGAACUGGACUUUCCUAUAGCUUAUAGUAUUUUAAUAUUCAAAGAUUUCGAUCAGUUUGUGUCUUUACUCGAGGCUAUAUGGCGCCCCCAGAAUGUAUACUGUGUUCACGUGGACGGGAAGAGCAGCCACAUGUUCCACGUGGCCGUGAGGAGGCUGAUGUCCUGCUUCACCAACGUCUUUAUGGCGUCUAGAGCAGUGAGGGUGCAGUGGGGCACAUUUACCGUCCUUCAACCUGAACUUGUGUGCAUGAGGGACAUGUGGAGGCUGCCAACAAAGUGGCGCUAUUUCAUAAAUCUGACGGGUCAGGAGUUUCCGCUGAAGACAAACUACGAGCUGGUGGAAAUCCUCCAAGCAUAUAACGGCACGAAUGACAUAUUCGGGACCUCCAGAAG